GCGCCUCUGCGAGACUGUGACUCUGUCGGACCGGCAUCCACUCUGGAGCCCGACCCAGCGGGAAAUUUUCGUAACGGGUGCAGACUUCGGCGUGCGGGUCCUCUCCCGGGAUGAAGGGAAGGUUGGGACUACAGCAGACAGUGGCGCGGAGAGAGAGGAGUUCGGGUCUUUGAGAGAUGGCGACGGCCUUCUGGUUGCUCUCUCGAGUUGGUCGCAGACGCGCCUUCUCUCGUCUCUUCUCUCCGGCUGUCGCAUUUGAUUCUUCCUUCUCGUCGAUCGGUCGUCCCUCUUCUCCUCCGGUAUCACCGAUAAACGAGCUCCGGCGCAGCUUCGUGUUUGGGCACUCGAAACUCUUACUCGGGGCCUCCUGGUCGAGAGAAUGGGAAGGGGGGAACUUCGUCGAGAGGAUGCCCUUCGCCACUGUCUCUGGUUCCUCCGGCGUGGCGUCGUCGGAGGAAGGAAGAGGCCGCUGCAACGAUGGUGGGGGCAGAGGAAAGGGCAGGGGAGAUGCGAGUCAGAGGUCUUGGGUGGAUCUCUACCUGCCGCAGGUGGUUCGACCAUACGCCCACCUCGCCCGGCUUGACAGACCCAUUGGAACCUGGUUAUUGGCUUGGCCCUGUAUGUGGUCCAUCACAUUGGCGGCGCCGCCAGCGAGUCUACCCGAUUUUAGGCUUCUUUCACUAUUUGGAUGUGGCGCUAUUCUCUUACGAGGUGCUGGUUGCACCAUCAAUGAUCUUCUUGAUCGAGAUAUUGAUACGUUGGUAGAACGUACAAAAUCACGGCCAAUCGCAAGUGGAAUUUUGACUCCUUUUCAGGGACUGUGCUUUCUUGGAACUCAGUUGUUAUUGGGUCUUGGAAUUCUUCUACAACUUAACAAUUAUAGUCAAAUCUUAGGUGCAUCAUCCUUGUUGCUGGUUUUCUCCUAUCCACUGAUGAAGAGACUGACAUUUUGGCCACAAGCAUAUCUUGGCUUGACCUUUAACUGGGGAGCAUUAUUGGGUUGGGCUGCUGUUAAAGGUAGCCUAGAUCCUGCUGUUGUCUUGCCGCUGUAUGCUUCUGGUGUAUGCUGGACACUAGUAUAUGAUACUAUAUAUGCUCAUCAGGAUAAAGAUGAUGAUCUAAAAGUUGGUGUAAAAUCUACAGCCUUGAGAUUUGGUGAUCUAACAAAGCAAUGGAUUUCGGGGUUUGGAGUUGCCUCUAUUAGUUGUCUUGCCCUUAGUGGAUACAAUGCACAUCUUGGAUGGCCAUUCUAUGCAUUUCUGACGGCUGGCGCUGGACAACUAGUUUGGCAGAUUUGGACCGUUGACUUGUCGAAACGUUUGGAUUGCAACAAAAUGUUCAUAUCGAACAAGUGGUUUGGAGCCUUGAUUUUUGGUGGCAUUCUUUUUGGGAAGCUUGCAUCGUGUGAGUCUUUGUAAUUGGUUGCGGAUAUUUCUAGUUGAAGCAAAGUGGAUGAUAAAGUUAUUGGAUAUAGAUGAGAUAGACACUAGAUGGUUGGUGCAGUCCCAACAUAUUUGCUAUCAAAUGCAUCUUUGAUUAUGCAUAAAGCGUGCAGGACGGUUGAGCAAUAUAGUCAUAACAAACUACUACGAUGAUGACAAUUUAAUGCUAUGCCUCCUAUGGAUUCUGAGCGUCCAGUAAAGCAAAUGUGCUUGCCACAAUCAGAAAAUGUGUCAUCCCUCGCAUUGACCACUUGCUGGCAACAAUCAUCUUUCUUGAAAAGCUUGUGAUGGCUAUAAAAUGUAUCUCCUCUUGUUCAUGUAUCAUGGAAACAUAAGGUUGUUGAGCUAUUGUAACAAACCUUGCAAAAUCUGUAUAACUGCAUUAAUGAUUCAGCACAUGCAUUCCCUGGUAUCGAAUAUAUUUAAUCUAAAGCAUUCCCUGGAGA